UAAAUUCAAGUAGUAGAAGAAGUUGUUCAACGCGUGCACAGUAGCAUACACGUUGCCUGUGAAGCUAGAGUUGUAUUUUGGGAUUAUAACUGGUAAAAAUCAGUAUUUCAUACUUAUUAAGAUGACCAAAGUUAAGAAAGAGGUGGUCGCCGCAGAGGAGGAGACCGUGGCACCCGAAAAAUCUUAUCAAGAGUUGAUUGCUAAUGUCAACCCAAUUGCUACACCUCUGGCUUCAAAAAAACUUAGCAAGAAGCUGUACAAGUGCGUCAAAAAAGCAUCGAAGUUGAAACAAAUACGACGAGGAGUGAAAGAAGUCCAGAAGUUCAUAAACAAAGGAGAAAAAGGGAUUGUGGUGUUAGCUGGGGAUACAUUGCCCAUCGAUGUCUAUUGUCACCUACCCAUCAUGUGUGAAGACAGGGAUAUGCCAUAUGCCUACAUUCCUUCCAAAGUGGACCUUGGCUCAUCUGCUGGUUCAAAGCGGCCUACCUGUGUCAUUAUGAUCAAACCACAUGAUGAUUAUAAAGAGUCCUAUGACGAAUGCCUGGAGGAGGUGUCUGCUCUACCCAAAGCUUGCUGAGAUCCUGUAUGUUCAUCAGGACAUGGACUGCUGAUAUAGCCUUUAAUGUACAUACUAAGGCCCUUUCACAUUAUUUCUCCUCUUCAGCCAUAGCUGUACUUGGACGAACCCAUGUGUGAAGCUUUGGCAGAUAUUGACUGUGUCUUUUAAUUACUGUGUGAAUAGAAGACCUACACCCCAGGUUUGUAACGGGCUUUUGAGUUUUGUUUCUUUUUACUAGAACAGUUCAUUUUUUUUUUAAGUUUGUUAAAACAUUGUAAUGACCAUGUGAACUAAAUGUUUUCCCCAUGAUAAUAAAACUUCAUUUUGUUGAGUCGA